AUGUAUCCUUUAGGCAGAGUAUCCCUGCCGGUCCGCUCGCCGGUAUGUCUGUUCUGUCAGAAUCGGACAUCCUCCCUCCUCCCUUCGGCCUAUGUCUGGCAGUCCGCCCGGACAAUGGCGUCGGGUCGCCUCCGUCGCAAAGCUGCCCGCAUGGCGCUCUCUCCCAAUGUCGCCAAAACGUCUCUCAAAAAGAAACGCAACGAUACCGAUCGAUUUGGGCCCUUUGCUGGAAUGAAUCAGACCGAAGCGCGGAUUCGUGAUGAUCCCCGGUCGCGAUCUCCAGCAUCUCUCAAACGCUCCAAAGCACCCUCCGAUGAGUCCGGUCGGAAGGACAGUGAACUUUAUAAGGCAUUAAAGAUGCAGACAGCCUUAGCACCGAUUCCCUACGGUCGCCGGUCUGCGAUCAAGGCCAAGAUCGCUGAGAUCACCAGUUUCGAUCAAUUCCCGCUGCUCCCCGUCGUCCGUCACUCGAUCUUCUCUCAGGCCCUGCCCGGUCUCCACGAUGUCACGCCAACCCCGAUCCAGCGAGUCGCCAUCCCCCGACUAUUAGACGACACAAACAAAGACAAGAAACCGAAGAAGCGCGCGGAAGGGGAACCAGAAUACGAUCAAUACCUUCUCGCCGCGGAGACGGGCUCUGGGAAGACCCUCGCUUACUUGAUUCCUCUCGUUAACACCGUCAAACAGCAAGAGGCUAUAGAGAAGGAGGAACAGAAGCGCGAGGAAGAGGAGAAGGCGAAAGAACGUGAGGAGAAGCUGAAAAACCAGGCUUUCGACGUCGAGCCUGAAUUGCCCCCGCUGUCAAACGCCGGCCGGCCCCGGGUGAUCAUUCUUGUGCCGACGGCGGAGCUCGUGGCUCAGGUUGGGGCUAAGGUGAAGACCUUGUCACACACCAUCAAGUACCGGUCUGGAAUGAUCUCGUCCAACCUUACUCCCCGUCGGAUCAAGAACACCCUCUUCAAUCCCGACGGCAUCGACAUCCUCGUGACCACUCCCCAUCUCCUGGCCUCCAUCGCCAAGACCGAACCCUACGUGCUGAGUCGAGUCAGCCAUCUCGUCCUCGACGAGGCGGACUCGCUUCUCGACCGCUCGUUCCAGCCCAUCACAACCGAAAUCAUCGAAAAGACCUCCGGUUCCCUCCAGAAGCUGAUCCUCUGCUCGGCGACUAUUCCCCGCAGUCUAGACAACUUCCUCCGCAAGAAAUACCCCGACAUCCAGCGUCUCACCACCCCCAACCUCCACGCCAUCCCACGUCGCGUCCAACUGGGCGUGGUGGAUAUCCAAAAGGACCCCUACCGCGGCAACCGCAACCUCGCGCUGGCGAUUCAGAACCCGCCGGCCCCUUCGCGUCCUACCAAGGCCCCAGCGUGA